AUGUCUUCACAGGGGACGAAGAGGACUCAUGUUAUAGAGGAGCAGCCGUCCUGUCCUUUGUGUCAGGACGUCCUGAAGGAUCCCGUCUCUACCAGCUGUGGACACUGGUUCUGCAGACAGUGCAUCACCUCAUACUGGGACCAGUCCGGUUCACCAGGAGACUCGUCCUGUCCUCAGUGUGGAGAAAGAUCCAGAACAGGACCUGGACUGCAGACAGUCAGUCAGAGCAGCACUGAACGAAUAGAUAGAGGUCUGCAGGAGGUUUUAGAUGAACAUAAGGUCAGUCUGAGGAGGAGAUGUGAAUGUGUGACUGAAGGAAGUGAUGAUACAGGAAGUAGAACCCUCCUCAACAGGAUCUACACUGAGCUCUACAUCACAGAGGGACAGAGUGAUGAGAUGAACACCCAACAUGAGGUGAGAAAGAUUGAGAGAGACUCUAAAAAGAAGACCCUCCAUGAGACUCCAAUCAAGUCCCAGGACAUCUUUAAAGCCUUACCCAACCAACAGAAACCAAAGACAGGAGCUCAACCCGACCAACAGAAACCCAUCAGAGUGGUUCUGACAAACGGCGUCGCUGGUGUUGGAAAAACCUUCUCAGUGCAGAAGUUCACUCUGGACUGGGCAGAGGGCUCAGAGAACCAAGACGUCAGUCUGGUGAUCCUGCUUUCAUUCAGGGAGCUGAACUUGAUCGGAGAUAAGGAGUACAGUCUUCUUGAGCUGCUCCGUGUUUUCCAUCCAACAUUACAGAAGGUCACAGCAGAGACGCUCGCUGUCUGUAAACUGUUGUUCAUCUUUGACGGCCUGGAUGAAAGCAGACUGUCAUUGGACUUCAAAAACAGGGAGGUUGUUUCUAAUGUCACACAGAAAUCAUCGUUAAACACACUGUUGACAAACCUCAAAGGGAAUCUGCUACCCUCAGCUCUCAUCUGGAUAACUUCUCGACCUGCAGCAGCCAAUCAGAUCCCUCCUUCAUGUGUUGACAGGGUAACAGAAGUACGAGGCUUCACUGAUGCCCAGAAGGAGGAGUACUUCAGGAGGAGGUUCAGUGAUGAUGAAGAUCUGUCCAGCAGAAUCAUCUCACACAUCAGGACAUCCAGGAGCCUCCACAUCAUGUGUCUGAUCCCGGUCUUCUGCUGGAUCACUGCCACAGUUCUGGAGCACAUGAUGAGCACAGAGCAGAGAGGAGAGCUGCCCAAGACCCUGACUGACAUGUACUCACACUUCCUGCUGGUUCAGACAAAGAGGAAGAAGAACAAGUAUGAUGAGGGACCUCAGAUGAGUCCACAUGAGCUGAUGGAGGCUGACAGGGACGUUCUUCUGAAGCUGGGGAGGCUGGCAUUUGAACAACUGGAGGACGGAAACAUCCUAUUCUACCAAGAAGACCUGGAGCGGUGUGGUCUGGAUGUCACAGAGGCCUCGGUGUACUCAGGAGUUUGUACAGAGAUCUUCAAAACAGAGUGUGUGAUCUUCCAGAAAACAGUCUACUGCUUUGUUCAUCUGAGUGUUCAAGAGUUUCUGGCUGCAGUCUACAUGUUCCACUGUUUCACCAACAGGGACACAACAGUUCUGAAGGCUUUUCUGGAAGAAAAAGAAUUGAAAAGAUUUUCAAUCAAGGAUAUUCUCCAAAAUCAACCCAUGAUGAAAUCUAGGAAGUCAGUUACUGACAGUCGUUCCUGUCAAGAUUACGAUGACAGGAACGACGACCUCCCCGAAGAUGACUACCGUGAAGAAGACUUCCGCAAGGACGACUUCCCCGUAGACGACUACUACGAACACGACUACGACGACUUGCUCGUAAACGACUUACCCGUAGACGACUACGACGAACACGACUACGACAACUUGCCCGUAGACGACUUCCCCGUAGACGACUACGACGAACACGACUACGACGACUUGCCCGUAGACGACUUCCCCGUAGACGACUACGACGACUACAACAACUUCCGCGAAGACGACUACGACGACUAUGACGACUACAAUGACUUCCGCGGAGAUGACUACGACGACUACAACGGCAACAGCGAAGACUACGGCAAAAAAGACAACGUCAGCAAAGGCGACAAUAGCGGCAAAAAAGACAACGUCAGCAAAGGCGACAAUAGCGGCAAUAGCGACAAUGGCGGCAAAGGCGACAAUGGCGGCAAAGACAACAGCGAUGACUACACUUCUUUAAAAGUCUUUCUCGGUAGAGCCAUGGAGAAAUCCCUGAAAAGUAAAAAUGGUCACCUGGACCUGUUUGUUCGCUUCCUUCAUGGACUGUCUCUGAAGUCAAACCAGGGGCUCGUAGGAGGCCUGCUGGGUCAGACAGACAACAGUCCAGAAAUGAUCCAAGGAGUAAUCAACAACCUGAAGGAGAAGAACAGUAGAGAUAUCUCUCCUGACAGAAGCAUCAACAUCUUCCACUGCCUGAUGGAGAUGAAGGACCUCUCAGUCCAUCAGGAGAUCCAAGAGUUCUUGAAGUCAGAGAACAGAUUAGAAAAGGAACUCUCUGAGAUCCACUGCUCUGCUCUGGCCUACAUGCUGCAGAUGUCUGAGGAGGUUCUGAAUGAGUUGGACCUGAAGAAGUACAAGACAUCAGAGCAGGGACGAUUGAGACUGAUUCCAGCUGUGAGGAACUGCAGGAUGGCAAAACUUUCUGGCUGUGGACUCUCAGAGACUCACUGUGACGUCAUAGCCUCAGCUUUGAAGUCCAACCCCUCCCACCUCAGAGAGCUGGACAUGAGUCGGAACAACGACCUGAAGGAUUCAGUCGUGAAGCUACUGGCUGGACUGGAGAGUCCAAACUGCAGACUGGAGACUCUGAGGUCAGAUCACUGACUGUAAUAUAUAUAUGUCUGUCAUAGAAACUGUGUUUUAAUUUAUUAAAGGUUAGCCCCUUGAGCUGCAUCGUCUCAUCUUUAAGGGCGUCCUAACACAAAUAUAAAGUAAUACACAAACAUCCAAAACAGCAUUACUUAACAGACACACUUACAAUCACACAAAUACAGACUGACUGAACAGUAUGUAGAGUGACUCAAAGGAGGGAAAUGAAGUCUGUGAUGGGAUAGUUUUCUGUGUUCACAGACUCAACAUUGUGCUCCAUCAGUCGGAGUGUAACAGUCUGAAUAUUGUUGUAGUACCAAAUAGCUCCACCAGGUAAUGCCUCUGUUGUGUUCUGAGUGUGUGAUAGAAAGAGUUGUUGAUCUCUGACCUCCAUCAUCAUGUGUGUAAGACAGUGAGAGACGGUAUCCAUCCAUCUACUUUAAUGAAUGAAGUAUCCAGUUGCGGCUUAUAAAAUGCAACAACACCUGCUGCCCCCCCUCCCCCUCCCUGUAUGUAAAGAGCCUUUUACCUGCACACAAAUUAAAAAGAAACCCCUCCAGAGAUCAAAAUGUAAGCUGUAUGCCAACAAUAAAAACAAUUGACAUUCACCAUUCAAAUACAAAUUAACACACGCAGGAAUAAGAAUAAAACCCUUUAUACAAUUAAAAUCACAGAUUAAAAUGAGACCUGUCCAAUAUAGAGCAGCCCUCUGUUACAGCUGCGCAGCAGCAUUUAUAAGGCAAGGUACAGCAGUGUAAUUAUUAUUUAAGUGUCCAACAAGAGGCUGUCUCUUUAAAACAGCUGUGCAACUGGUAAAAGCUUUAAGUCCAGGAGUGUGCUUCCCCCUCUGCUUACACUUUGUGACUAUAUGAUCCGUAGUCUCGAUAAUAUCAGAAGUAUGUCUAGAAUUCUUUGACACACGGCUAAACUAAGGUCAACUGUUAGCCUGGUCCGGAGCAGACUUGUUCCCUAGCAUAGACUUGUUGAAAUAUGCGAUGAUUCUGCUUAAUCCUGCUUCAUGGAAUGACUCCAAGCUAUCCUGGGAUUUCUGCUAAUUGCUAUCUGCAGCUAGCUUCUCCACCUGUACCAGCCACGUUACAAGAUGAUGUCAGUGCUGAUGGUCCAGAGUGAACACCAUCAGCUGGGUGGUGUGGUUAUCAUUCAAACAGAGCUAAGAGUCAUAAACAGUCUUGUGCUGGAAAUUUCUGUUAACAAUGCAAAAGAAAGGAUCAUGAGUCAAUCAAUGUCUUCGUUUAGUUAAAUUCUUCUUGCAAGUAGAAGGAACAAAGCUUCAGAGUGUCAAUACAGUCUGAAGCUCGAAGUAAUCACAAUAUGCUUGGGUACAUGCUUCACAGAAAAACCUUCAUGCCUAUAUAAGAAUUGCUGAUACAGGCGCAGUCAAAUAUCAAAUACAUUUCGUCAUGACUUUUAACACGUCGCACAACAGUAAUGUCAAGGAAACUUCAAG